CGCGCCGUUCGCACUGCGGCUCCCGCCCAGGCGAAUUUCGCCCCCGCGCGGCCGUUGCCGAGUAGACGGCGCAUGUCUCCCGGCGCGUUGCCCCCUCUGCAGUACCCCCGCCCCUCUUCUCCCACCACAAUGAGAGCCUAAGAUGGCGGUGGCUGCGACGUUUGGAGCCGAGUAGCUGAUGUAGAAAAGGCGGCCAUUGGGCCCUCAGCAGCCAGGAAACUUGGGGACUCUCCCUGCUGCGGUCUCUAAGGGAGGCCCGCCGCCGGUGGCGGUUCGUGGGGGCUGGCCGUUACUCCGCCCUUGGCGGGAGCGGCUGCUUCGUUUACAGAACAUUAAUUAUAAAAGCCAGUAUGGCCACAGGAGGGGGUCCUUUUGAAGAAGGCAUGAACGAUCAGGAUUUACCAAACUGGAGCAAUGAGGCUGUUGAUGACCGACUCAACAACAUGGAUUGGGGUGGCCAACAGAAGAAGGCAAAUAGAUCAUCAGAAAAGAAUAAGAAAAAGUUUGGUGUAGAAAGUGAUAAAAGGGUAACUAAUGAUAUUUCUCCGGAGUCAUCGCCAGGAGUUGGAAGGCGAAGAACGAAGACUCCACAUACGUUUCCGCAUAGUAGAUACAUGACGCAGAUGUCUGUUCCUGAGCAGGCAGAAUUAGAGAAACUUAAACAGCGGAUAAACUUCAGUGAUUUAGAUCAGAGAAGCAUUGGAAGUGAUUCUCAAGGUAGAGCAACAGCUGCUAACAACAAACGUCAGCUUAGUGAAAACCGAAAGCCCUUCAACUUUUUGCCUAUGCAGAUUAAUACUAACAAGAGCAAAGAUGCUGCUGUAAAUCCUCAAAAGAGAGAAAUGAUUGGAUCAGCACAAUGUAAAGAAUUGUUUGCUUCUGCUUUAAGUAAUGACCUUUUGCAAAACUGUCAGGUCUCUGAAGAAGAUGGGAGAGGAGAGCCUGCAAUGGAGAGCAGCCAGAUUGUAAGCAGGCUUGUUCAGAUUCGUGACUAUAUUACUAAAGCUAGUUCCAUGCGGGAAGAUCUUGUAGAGAAAAAUGAAAGAUCUGCUAAUGUUGAGCGCCUUACUCAUCUAAUAGAUCACCUUAAAGAACAAGAAAAGUCAUAUAUGAAAUUUCUCCAAAAAAUUCUUGCUAGAGAAAAUGAGGAGGAGGAUGUUCGGACUAUAGAUUCAGCUGUGGGAUCUGGUUCUGUAGCUGAGAGCACAUCGCUAAACAUAGAUGUGCAGUCUGAGGCUUCAGAUACCACGGCCAGAGAUCCUCAGCAGGAGCCUAUGGAAGAGAUAGAAAAUUUGAAGAAACAACAUGAUUUAUUAAAAAGGAUGUUACAGCAGCAGGAGCAGCUGAGAGCUCUGCAGGGACGACAAGCUGCUCUUCUUGCUCUGCAGCAUAAGGCAGAGCAAGCUAUUGCUGUGAUGGAUGAUUCUGAAAAGGUUGCAGGGACAACUCCUGGCCAUCAUACUGUACCGUGCAGACAGCCAGCUCGCUCUCCUUUUCAUCAGAGAGCACCCUUAAGAGUUGUAACAGAAACUACAGGUAGCCUAUCUGGAGUCAGUAUCACAUCUGAACUAAAUGAAGAAUUGAAUGAUUUAAUUCAGCGUUUUCAUAAUCAGCUUCGUGAUUCUCAGCCUCCAGCUGUUCCAGACAAUAGAAGACAAGCAGAAAGUCUUUCAUUAACUAGAGAGGUUUCUCAGAGCAGAAAUCCAUCAGUUUCAGAGCAUUUACCUGAUGAGAAGGUCCAGCUUUUUAGCAAAAUGAGAGUGUUACAAGAAAAGAAACAAAAAAUGGACAAGCUGCUUGGAGAACUUCAUACACUUCGAGAUGAGCAUUUGAACAAUUCAUCAUUUGUGCCUUCUUCAGCCUCCCCACAAAGGAGUGUGGAUCAGAGAAGUACAACCGCAGCUCCCUCUGCUCCUGUAGGCUUAACACCAGUUGUCAAUGGAGAAUCCAAUAGCCUCACAUCAUCUGUUCCUUAUCCUGCUGCUUCUCUAGUUUCUCAGAAUCAGAGUGAAAAUGAAGGCCACCUAAAUCCAACUGAAAAACUCCAGAAGUUAAAUGAAGUUCGAAAGAGGUUGAAUGAGCUAAGAGAAUUAGUUCAUUAUUAUGAGCAAACAUCAGAUAUGAUGACAGAUGCUGUAAAUGAAAACACAAAAGAAGAAGAAACUGAAGAAUCAGAAUAUGAUUCCGAGCAUGAAAAUUCUGAACCUGUUACUAACAUUCGAAAUCCACAAGUAGCUGCCACCUGGAACGAAGUAAAUAGUAAUUCUAACGCACAGUGUGUUUCUAAUAAUAGAGAUGGGAGAUCAGUUAAUUCUAAUUGUGAAAUUAACAAUAGAUCUGCUGCCAACAUAAGGGCUCUAAACAUGCCUCCUUCUUUAGCAGAUUGUCGAUAUAAUAGAGAACGAGAACAGGGGAUUCACGUUGCACAAGGUGAAGAGGAGGAGGAGGAGGAGGAAGAAGCAGAAGAUGAGGCAGUCAGUGGAGCUUCAUUAUCUAGUCAUAGGAGCAGUCUGGUUGAUGAGACUCCUGAAGAUGCUGAAUUUGAACAGAAGAUCAAUAGACUUAUGGCUGCAAAACAGAAACUUAGACAGUUACAAGAUCUUGUUGCAUUGGUGCAGGAUGAUGAUACAGCAGAUCAAGGAGUUAUCUCUGCCAGUACCUCAAAUUUGGAUGAUUUCUACCCAGCAGAAGAAGACACCAAACAAAAUGCAAAUAACGCUAGAGGAAAUACCAAUAAAACACAGAAAGAUGCUGGAGUAAAUGAAAAGGCAAGAGAGAAAUUUUAUGAGGCUAAACUACAGCAGCAACAGAGAGAGCUCAAACAAUUGCAGGAAGAAAGAAAGAAACUGAUUGAGAUUCAAGAGAAAAUUCAAGCAUUGCAAAAGGCAUGUCCUGACCUACAGCUGUCAGCCACUAGUGUGGGUCAUUGUCCCACAAAAAAGUAUAUGCCAGUUGUUACUUCAACCCCAACUGUUAAUGAAAAUGAAGCCAGUACAAGCAAAUCUGCUUUUGAACAUGAUGAUUCUUCAGUGGUAGAUAAUGAGUUGUGGUCAGAAAUGCGAAGACACGAAAUGUUAAGGGAAGAGCUGCGACAGAGAAGAAAGCAGCUUGAAGCUUUGAUGGCUGAACAUCAGAGGAGGCAAGGUCUGGCUGAAACUACAUCUCCAGUGGCUGUUUCACUGAGAAGUGAUGGGUCUGAGAACCUGUGUACACCUCAACAGAGUAGAACAGAAAAAACAAUGGCAACUUGGGGAGGUUCUACCCGGUGUGCACUAGAUGAAGAAGGAGAUGAAGAUGGUUACCUUUCUGAAGCAGUUGUUCGGACAGAUGAAGACGAGGAGGAGGAGGAGCAAGAUGCCGGCUCCCAUGAUAGCUUUUCCGUGUGUCCUCCUAGCAGCGCAAAUCAUAACUCCUAUAAUGUAAAGGAAGCUAAAAAUAGGUGGAAGAACAAUCGCCCUUUUUCAGCAGAUGGAAAUUAUCGUCCUUUAGCCAGGACAAGACAACAGAAUAUCAGCAUGCAGCGUCAGGAAAACCUUCGCUGGGUGUCAGAACUCUCUUAUGUAGAAGAGAAAGAACAGUGGCAAGAACAAAUCAAUCAGCUAAAGAAACAACUUGAUUUCAGUGUCAGUAUUUGUCAGACUUUGAUGCAAGAUCAGCAGACUCUGUCUUGUCUGCUACAAACUCUUCUCACGGGCCCUUACAGUGUUAUGCCCAGCAAUGUUGCAUCUCCUCAAGUACACCUUAUAAUGCACCAGUUGAACCAGUGCUAUACCCAGCUAACAUGGCAACAGAAUAAUGUACAAAGGUUGAAGCAAAUGCUAAAUGAACUUAUGCGCCAACAGAAUCAUCCGGAAAAACCUAGAAGCAAGGAAAGAGUCAGUAGUGCAUCACACCCUCCUUCUCCCAGUUUAUUUUGUCCUUUCAGCUUUCCAGCACAGCCUGUAAAUCUGUUCAACCUACCGGGGUUUACUAAUUUUUCAUCAUUUGCACCAGGUAUGAAUUUCAGCCCUUUAUUUCCUUAUAAUUUUGGAGAUUUUUCUCAAAAUAUUUCUACACCCACUGAACAGCAGCAACCAUUAGCCCAGAAUCCUUCAGGGAAAACAGAAUACAUGGCUUUUCCAAAACCUUUUGAAAGUAGUUCUUCUGUUGGAGCAGAAAAACAAAGGAAUCAAAAACAGCCCGAAGAGGAGGUGGAGAACAGUAGGACACCAUGGUUAUAUGACCAAGAAGGUGAAGUAGAAAAACCAUUUCUCAAGACUGGAUGUGCAGUGUCUGUAGAGAAAACAACAAAUAGUAAUCGCAAAAGUCAAUUAGAUACCAGUAGGAGAAGACGCCAAUUUGAUGAAGAGUCGUUAGAAAGCUUUAGCAGUAUGCCUGACCCAGUAGAUCCAACAACAGUAACUAAAACAUUCAAGUCAAGAAAAGCAUCUGCACAGGCCAGCCUGGCAUCUAAAGAUAAAACUCCCAAAUCAAAGAGUAAGAAGAGGCAUUCUACUCAGCUGAAAGGCAGAGUUAAAAAUAUUGGGUAUGAAAGUGCCAGUAUGUCUAGCACAUGUGAAUCUUGCAAAAGUAGGAACAGACAUUCAGCCCAGACUGAAGAGCCUGUUCAAGCAAAAGUAUUCAGCAGAAAGAAUCAUGAGCAGCUGGAAAAAGUACUAAGAUAUAGUAGGUCUACAGAAAUAUCUUCAGCACAUGCUAGGAGAAUACUACAGCAGUCUAACAGAAAUGCAUGCAGUGAAGCGCCAGAAACCGGGAGUGAUUUUUCCAUGUUUGAAGCUUUGCGGGAUACCAUUUAUUCUGAAGUAGCUACGUUGAUUUCUCAAAAUGAAUCUCGUCCACAUUUUCUUAUUGAACUCUUCCAUGAACUUCAGCUACUGAAUACAGACUAUUUGAGACAGAGGGCUUUAUAUGCAUUACAGGACAUAGUAUCCAGACAUAUUUCUGAGAACCAUGAAAAAGAAGGGGAAAACGUAAAGUCAGUGAAUUCUGGUACUUGGAUACCAUCAAACUCAGAACUUACUCCCAGUGAAAGCCUUGCUACUACUGAUGAUGAAACUUUUGAGAAGAACCUUGAGAGAGAAACACAUAAAAUAAGUGAGCAAAAUGAUGCUGAUAAUGCUAGUGUCAUGUCCGUAUCUUCAAAUUUUGAGCCUUUUGCAACAGAUGACCUGGGUAACACUGUGAUUCACUUAGAUCAAGCAUUAGCCAGAAUGAGAGAAUAUGAGCGUAUGAAGACUGAGGCUGAAAGUAACACAGAUGUCAGAUGCACCUGCAGGAUUAUUGAGGAUGAGGAUGGUGCUGCUGCCCCGACUACGGUUGAUAGUUUAGAAGCGGAAACUCCUAUUACUGAAAAUCAUAGUUCACAGCAACCUGUAAGUGAAGUUUCUACUGUCCCAUGUCCUAGAAUUGAUACACAGCAACUGGACCGGCAAAUUAAAGCAAUUAUGAAAGAAGUCAUUCCCUUUUUGAAGGAGCACAUGGAUGAAGUAUGCUCUUCUCAACUUCUAACCUCAGUAAGACGCAUGGUUUUGACUCUUACCCAGCAAAACGAUGAGAGCAAAGAGUUUGUGAAGUUCUUUCAUAAGCAACUUGGAAGUAUAUUACAGGAUUCACUGGCAAAAUUUGCUGGCAGAAAACUGAAAGAUUGUGGAGAAGAUCUUCUUGUAGAGAUAUCUGAAGUGUUAUUUAAUGAGUUGGCUUUCUUUAAACUCAUGCAAGAUUUGGAUAAUAAUAGUAUAACUGUUAAACAGAGAUGCAAAAGGAAAAUAGAAGCAGCUGGAGUGAUACAGUCUUAUGCGAAAGAGGCCAAAAGGAUUCUUGAAGAUCAUGGCUCACCUGCUGGAGAAAUUGAUGAUGAAGACAAAGACAAGGAUGAGACUGAAACAGUUAAACAGACUCAAACAUCUGAGGUUUAUGAUGGUGACGGUCCCAAAAAUGUGAGCUCUGAUGUCUCUGAUCAAGAGGAAGAUGAGGAAAGUGAAGAAUGUCCAGUGUCUAUUAAUUUGUCCAAAGCUGAAACUCAGGCUUUGACUAAUUAUGGAAGUGGAGAAGAUGAGAAUGAAGAUGAAGAAAUAGAAGAAUUUGAAGAGGGACCUGUAGAUGUCCAGACUUCACUACAGGCUAACACUGAAACUACAGAAGAAAAUGAACACGACGAUCAGGUUCCACAGCAUGAUUUUGAAAAAUCAGCGGAAAGCAAAAAUGUCCCAUCAGAGCAAGAACCCACUACUAGUAAAGAUGACCAAGAUAACACUCCUGUGAAGCCCUGUUACCUCAAUAUCUUGGAAAAUGAGCAACCUUUAAACAGCACUGUCCAAAAGGACGCUGUUACUACCAUCGAUUCAUCUAAUCAGCCUAACGCUUUGCCUUUACCUUUAACUGAAAUUGAAACCUUGGUGCCUAGAGUCAAAGAAGUUAAAUCUGCCCAGGAAACUCCUGAAAGCUCUUUGGCUGGAAGUCCUGAUACUGAAUCUCCAGUGUUAGUGAAUGACUAUGAAGCAGAAUCUGGUAACAUAAGUCAAAAAUCUGAUGAAGAAGACUUUGUGAAAGUUGAAGAUUUACCACUUAAACUGACAAUAUAUUCAGAGGCAGAUCUAAGGAAGAAAAUGGUAGAAGAAGAACAGAAAAACCAUUUAUCUGGUGAAAUAUUAUGUGAAAUGCAGACUGAAGAAUUAGCUGGGAAUUCUCAGACACUAAAAGAACCUGAAACAGUGGGAGCCCAAAGUACAUGAGAUGUCUUCAGAGGCUCAUCUAACUCUCUCUUUACAUAGUCAAUGCAUAUAUGAAAAUGGCACUAAAUAAACAUCUCUUUUGAUCUGUAAAAAAUGUAAAUUCGUUUGACGCUGCAUUUUUGGUAGGUGUGCUAAUUUCUGCCCAUGGCAGUUUAAAACAUCAGAAACUGAAUUCUGGACAGAUUCAAGCCUUGAUACACUGUGGGGUUUUUUUCUUUUUCUUUCUGUCAUUUUUUUUGGUCUUGAUUUUUUUCCCCAUUGUGAUGUUUGGUAACAUUAAAUUUAAAAUGUAGUUUUAAAUAAAGUUUGGACUUAACCUGUAAACUA